UAUUUCGCUGAAACUCUUUUUUAACUUUGUUCCGUUUUUAUAUUUAUGAACUCGCGUGGGUAUCUCUGAGUAAAGUUCAUUCUGUAAAAUCUACAAAUUGGUUUCAAAAGAAUGCGUAAAACAAAAGGAAUCUAUAUUUCUUUAGAUUUUUCUUAAGUAAUAAAUAGAAAAAGUUUUGUACAUUUGUCCUUAACAAUACAUAACAUUGCUAUUUAUUAUGUCUACAGAUAUGAUAUUAAAAAAUUUAAACAAUGUCUUGCAACAAUGCACAGUGUUUGUUUCCUGUUGCUCAAAAUAUAAACAGUUCACCUACAAUAAGAAUUAUUCGGACAAUGUGUACAUGUAUACAUCUUACACACAUACAUGACUAGAAUAGGUGAUAUAUCAACAAAUACAUAUUAUAAGAAGCACUUGAAGUCCUAACCUACAUUACUUUGAUCUACAUAUGUAUCUAUCUAUACAUGUAGUAAUGUAAUUUCAAAUAUUUUAAAGGAACUUUGUCUUUAUUUGUUAGAAUUCCUACAAACGAAAUAAGAUGGUUACUUUACAAGAUAUUAGUGUACAACUUAUGAAACCAGCAAAAGAUCUGGCUGAUUGGAAAUUUCCAUUAUCUCAGAUUUUAGAAGAAUACUAUGCAUUGUUAGAAGCACCGUGUAAUAUAAAUUUUGGAGAAGCUGCUCUUGUUCUACAGAAUUCAACUAAUGUAUAUGUUCGUAGAAUUGAACGUCUGUUUACCGAGAUAGAAGUUUUAAAACAAACAUUUUUUGGCUAUGAGGAAGAAGAAAGGAACAAGUCUACAAGUAAAGAAAAACGAGUACCUAAGAAAGCAUACAUAGAUAUUGAAAAUUUUGUCCUUUGUGACUUAGAAAAGGAUGUUGGUAAAAAAAUUGAUAAAAAGAAUCAAUUUCAAGCUCAAAAAAGAAUCAAACUAUUAAGUCAUCGCUUUACUCAGUUAGAAAACAGUAUAGCACAAUUGUGUAUCCCUAUUCAUACAUUUGAUGUAUUAGGAGAAAUUAUUGGGAAAAAAUACGAUUUUCGGUGUAACCAAGCUAUAAAUACAAGUGGAAUGUUGGUGGAUGAACUGACACCUUACGAUUUUAAUCAUGUAGUUGGUUCUCGUGUUCAGAAAGGAAGAAAUUCUUUAUCCUCUUAUUCAGAACCAAAAACUCCUGGUACUGGAACUUCAGGGUAUCAUUCAGCUGCUUCAUUAAAUGAUAAUGAAUUUGUAACAUCAAUUAAUGAAGAAUUUGAAGAAGAAGAUGACUUUUCCUUACCUUUAGAGGAUAUUUCUACACUAAUCGAAUCAGAUGUUGCAGAAAAAGAAAAUAUGAUAAAUGGAGAUCAUGAAAUUUCUUCGGUAACGGACGUUGACUCUCCACAAUCUACUACAAAAAAGAAUGAUUUCAAAGUGCAACAUACUCAAAAUGAUAUACCACUGAAAAUUAGUGAAAUUAUGAAAAAAUGUCGAAAUCAAAAUUUAGAACAAAUAAUCCAAGCUGAAGAGGAAUAUGAGAAGAACGAUAAAAUGUGUAAAACUAAAGAAAAGUUGAAGAGUGAUGACCAAUUGGCAAAUAAUUGUAGGUAUUCAGGACACAAUUCUAAGGAAGAUGAGUUAGAUAACGCGUAUUGCAAAGAAAGUUCACUUGAAAUACGAAGAAAAGGGAAUGAAAAAACAAAAAUGUCAAUGUACUUUGUAGAAGAUAUCAACGAGUCUGACUGGAAACCAAUGCCAUUUAUUAAGGAAAUGAAAAGUGUUUUUACCGAGGAUCCAUCUGUUUUGAAACUUCCAGAAUAUAUUUCUCUUUUAGAAACUAAAUUCGGCUCAAAAAAACGUAAACUAACAUCAAAAUUCCAUAAACCGGAGUGUUUAACAAAACUUUUCUUACGCGAGGUUGAAUCAUUCGCCCAACAAGAAAAGCAUUUUAUUUCACAAGCAAAGCAAAAAUUUAAGCGCUUGCGAAAACAGGAAUUGGAAGAUUUUAUGAAGAAUUUCGACGAAUGCUUAAAUGGAACGGAAAAGGAAAAUGAUACUUCGAGAUACGAAGCUAUGACAGGUUCUACUAUUGAUUUAUUGGGUUUUCGAAUUUCCGAGAAGCAAACCGAUUGCGCUGAAAAUAAUAUUCCGGAGCUUAUGAGUAGAAGUUCUUCUCCUAACGAUACCAUGUCACGAUCAGUUCACAAUUCAUUUGAUACGAAUGAACAAUCAUCUAAUACGUGUAACGAUUGGUACGAGCCCUCAAUUUCGGAAAUUGAUACGACAUAUUCAUUGCCAGAUUAUCAAUCGUUAAUCGAAGAUAAAAUGAAAGAAAUUUUCGAGGAGUCAAAUGUCACAACUGACUUGGACCAAAGUGUGGCUAAGUGGCACGCCUCUUUACAACCGAUCUUAUCCGAGGCCGAAAUACGACCCGCAUUCCGAAUUCAAGAUUACACUUCCCAUAUAAUAGGAACACUGCAAUCAUUGGAUCAAAAGAAGAUGAACUUCGACAACGUUGUAGGGAACAAACCUUCUUCUGAAGUAGCAAGAUAUUUUCUAGCCACGUUACAGCUGGCUAAUACGUACAAUGUAGAUAUACAGACGGAAAAUAGCGGUAAAAGUAUAGAAAUAGCGUUACUCGACGAUGGUAACGGCUGUGAGAAGAUAUAACUUUAACGAUGGAUUUUAAAUUUGCCGCCAUAAUUAGACUAAAAUUAGAAACUGGGUGUCAUACUUUCGUGCGGUGGGAGAACGACUAGUAAAUGUACGCAUGCGUAAUUAACAACGAGAUAACACCGGUCGCCGGCUCAAGUGACAGAUAUUUAGAUACGUUAAUUUGCAUCGGAGUGUACACAAAAGUAUUCUCAGUUUUUUAUGUCGUCUGACAUAAUAAUUAACAAGCAUUUCCCAGUGGAAAGUAGUAUUUUUGUCACAUGUGUAUAAAACAUGUAACAAGUCAUUUUAAUUGCGAAAACGUGAUGAAUUUAUAGUAUUAAUGACAUUUGUUAAUAUUUUAACAAAGAAUUGCAAUUUAUGAAACUUACAUUUAUAUUAUAUACAAUAUAAAUGGAUCUGUUUCGCUUUAUUGGCUGAAAACUCUACAACACUUGAUCUGUGGUUGAAAAGUGUACGUAACAUGGGUUUAAUUCUAUGUUAAAUUACUUGAUAGUAACCAAUCAACCAACUUAGAUUUAUAUACUUCCCCCCUUUCUUUAAUUUAUUUAAUAUAUUAGGGAUACAG